UUAGUUCCUGUCCAGAAACAGUCUACGACGUUUGUAAAAUGGAAAUGGGUCCUAAAGGUUGGAUAGUGUUCUUAGUUUUUGCCUGCUUGUCAGCAAUGGCGUCAUCUGCAUCGUUUCAAUCAGAAAAUCCAAAAUCUAGCAGUGAAUUAGCAUUGUCCCAAACUACAUCUGCCUCUAAUUGGUCAUAUUACAAUGUAGCUGCUGUGGGUACGGCGAUAUUAGUUGUAAGUGCUGGACUAGCGGCCCUGAUGUCCCUUUUCCUCCCAGUAAUGACCUUCAAAUUAUGCCUGAUGUUGGGAGGAUGUCAGGACACUCUGGAUAGAUAUGUGGACCGGCUCAUUGUCGACAGCUACCCAAGGCGACAAAAAAGAUCCAUGGAAUACAUCGAACCUAUUCUGAACACCCUCGCCAGCGCUUAUGAGAAAUAUGCCGAUGAUGAUGUAAAAAAAAAGUCCAACAAACUCAGGUUUUGAAUAAGAUUGCCCUUCUGGUCCAAAUUACACCUGUGACGAUUAAUAUUUUCAGAAUGUUGAUGAUGCUCGGAAGUUUUAUUAGUCAGUUCCUUGCAUUGUUAACCAAUUUUAUUAGUUUAUUUAAUAAGCUGAAUAUGUAAUGCUUUUUAAAAGUGUGAAAUACUUACAAAUAUAUCUUUGAAACUA